AAAAAAACAUCCUAGUAUACUCAAAGCACGAAAUGACACCAGACCGGUCAACUAUCCCGAUCCGGUCCAGUCCCGGGGCUCAAACUCCCCGGGCUCAAACUCAACCCAUGAAGCGUCACCAUUCGGCUAGCUACUAUGCUCACCGUGUCAAAGAAAGUCUCUCAACCCGAAUAUCCAAAUUCAUAUGCGCAAUGGUUCUCUUGGUUCUAUUCUUUAUAGGCAUCAUUGGUUUCAUCCUCUGGCUCAGCUUACGCCCUCACCGACCACGGUUCCAUAUCGAAGACUUCGCGGUCCAAGGUCUAGACCAGCCUACUGGAUUCGAAAACGCAAGAGUUGCUUUCCAAGUAGACAUAUAUAACCCUAACCAACACAUGGGUGUGUUCUUUGAUUCCAUGGACGGUUUCAUCUUCUACAAAGAUCAACGGGUCGGGUCAAGCCCAUUGCCAAGCCCGUUUUUUCAGCAGCCGACUAACACAACGAUAGUCAGAGGGACGCUUACAGGAGCUUCCUUGACGGUGAAUAGUAACCGUUGGACUGAGUUUAGUAAUGACCGUGCUCAAGGGACAGUGACUUUUAGGCUUGAUAUAGUUUCAACGAUUCGGUUUAAACUGUCUAGGUGGAUUAGUAGGCACCAUAGGAUGCAUGCUAAUUGCAAUAUUGUGGUUGGACCGGACGGUUUGAUCUUGCCAAAGUUUAACCAUAAACGUUGUCCUGUCUACUUCACUUAGAUUGAUUUGAUUUAUUAAUUUGUUACUGUUGUUGUAUCUUUUUUUUUGUUUUAACUUUUCGUUUGAUUUUGCUUUCUUUGGUUUUUGUAAUUUGGAUUUGAGAGUUUGUUUUUUUUUUCUCAUCAGAUGUAUGUUCUUUUGAGUUAAAUAAUAAAAGAGAACA